CUCCUGCCCGCCCCCGCCGGGCCAGGCCCCCUCCUCGCCCUGCACCUGCCUCCCGCCGCGCCCCGACUCGCCGGCAGCUCCCGGGGCGCGGAGCCGGAGCCGGAGCCCGAGCCCGCCAUGGGCCACCAGCGGAGCGGGAUGCGCUGCAUCAAGUUCCUGCUCUUCGCCUUCAACUUCGUCUUCUGGCUGGCAGGGUUGGCUGUCAUUGCCUUUGGACUAUGGCUGCGAUUUGGUGGGGUCCUGGGAGACUUAACUUCGGAGGAGAAAUCCCCAGAGUACUUCUACAUGGGGCUGUAUGUGCUUGUGGGAGCAGGGGCGUUGAUGACGACAGUUGGAUUUUUUGGGUGCUGUGGAGCAGUGCGGGAGUCUCAGUGCCUGCUUGGAGCGUUUUUUGCCUGCUUGCUGGUGAUAUUUGCUGCUGAAGUCACCGCUGGAGUGUUUGCAUUUAUAGGCAAAAAAGUGGCAGUACAGGAGGUCCAGGCCAUCUAUAAAGAAGCUUAUGAUGACUAUGUGACGGACAUGGGGAAGAACAACAAAACUCUCAUUCAGUUCCACACAGCUCUUCAGUGCUGUGGUAAAGAAAGUGCGAUUGAAGUGAAGCCCACCUGUCCGGAGGGCAUCCAGGUGCCCAAGAACUGCCUGGAUGAAAUCCAGAAUUUAAUUAACUCUAAUCUGCAUUUAGUUGGAAUCGUUGGAAUUGCAAUUGCUGGCAUCACAAUCUUUGGCAUGAUAUUCAGCAUGGUUCUCUGCUGUGCUAUCCGCAAUACAAGAGACAUGCUCUAAAACUCACUGCACAAUUUCUACGCUCCGGGACUUCCAGACUAAACUUGACAAGAUGCAUUCUCUGAGUUUAAUAAUUGUAAUAAAAUUUUUAUUAGUGUUUUAACCAACUGAGAGGAAAAGGCCCCAUUUGGUGAGUGUGACUUGCAUUAAUUGUGUUCAGACUUUUAAGUCAGAAAACUGAAAUGAGGGUUUUAAAUGUACUUUCUUAAAAUGAAAAGGCAAAGGUUGUACCUAAAAAUAAUUUGUUUUUAAAUAUUUUUGCAUAUAUACGGCUGAGUGCCUACGCAUCUAUAUACUUUGGGUAAGCACCUGCCUGUCUCCACAUAUGGAUCUGCAAGAAUGCACAAGUACAGAUAUCUGUAUAUAUAGUACAUUGUGUGGGUGAAUGCAUGCAUAUGACAUAUGUUGUGUGGGCACGUGUUUGCAUGCACAUUCCUGCACUUUCCCACUCUGUGAGAGUGUGCAUACAGCCCUGGCAUAUAUCCAGGUUGAAACCCUUUCAUAGUGAACCCCUGUUGGCUAAUAAUCAGUGUAGGAGCAACUGCCAUUUUUAAAAUGAAACCUUUAAUGUAGUUUUAUCCAAUCUCCCCAAAAUUAAAAGGAAAUACAAUUAAUGAAUUGAAUAUAUUUAAAUGAGUUGAUAUCUAAGGGCUUGUUCCUGGAAGUAUGUACUCCAUGUGAGUAGUCCUGUUGACUUCAGUGUCACAUGCAGGAGUGUUGGUAGGCUUGGGCCCUACAUCUGAACAAAGAAGGCUUCUUGGGGAGUCCUAGGACCAGGCAAAAGUGGGAGGGAUAAGAGAGAGAUGGGAGGCCGAUGGGUAAUGCAGAGUCAGUUAUAUCAGGAUAAAGUGUGCGUUGGCUUCCCGACCCAGUCUGUGUGACAAAAUCAGAGUUAUGAGUUUGAAAGGUCUCUAAAAUCCUAUUAAUUUUUAAAGCGGAGAUUUCAGAAGAAAGGGCCGAAGAGAGCUGCAGCUGACAGCCCCACAGUGGGAGCAGCUAGCAUGGAUGUAUACUUGUACAAAGGCCAAAUGACCCCAGCAGAACUCCUCACAGCACAGAGGCUAGUGCAGGAUUGGAGCCUUUAUCCAGAAAAGCAGCAGAGUUGUGGGAGAUCUUGUGGCCAAAGAUCUUGGCCAGCUGUGCUGUAGGAGACAAAUAAAUCGUGAAGUGUGUUAGGGAGAAACAGAAGUGGCACUUUAAUACCUUCAUUUCUGCCUCUGCUCUGAACUACUGCGACUAUCACCACUUCAGCAGGGCUUUUACCUCAAAUCUUUCGCCCUCUCCUUUGGGUAUAAGGGCAGGAAGUAAAGGCAGGACAUUUUUACAGUCAUAAAGAGUCAUUUUCUCAUUGGCAAUUAUGCUUUGUGGGUAAGAGAUGUAAGAAUUACACUGUAUCCUUGAAAUACCUCAGGACUUGAGUUUAUAUAGCUUGCUUCCAUAUUUUUAUUUUUCUUAUUUAUUCUCAAUAGAAUGUUCCUUUUAAAACAUUCAACAGCCUGGAAGUAUUCUCUCCAUAAUGGCAAAAUAAAGUACCUGAGAGACUAAGAGUUUUAUAUUUUUGGCUCAUUUCAUUUGGGAAAGCAGUCUCUUCCCCUCCCCCCCCAACUCCGAAAUGUUUCAGAAAGGAGCUGUGCUAGAGAUGUGCAUGAACUCAUGUAGCAACCCUGCCUCGCUGUCUAUCCUAUCCAGCUUUCUAAUGCAAUUGUGAUUUGGUUUUCCUGGGUUCCGAAUUAGAGAGUAAGUAUAAUGGAGAAGGGCUCGUCUCAACUGAUACCUUAAUGAAACGAUCCCUGCUCUCCAACAGUAUGGUGCAGUCACUGUAAUACAGUCUUUGCUCCAUUGAAACAUACUGGAAGGACAUAGGACUUCAAGAAAUAUUUGCUAUAUCAGGGCAUUAAUUCAAGCACUGCAUGAAUCCAAGUGCAUGUGUUUGUAUGUAAUACGUGUACCCCAGAGUGUGCUGCCCUCACAGUCCCAAGGAACCUCAUAUUUAUACCACCUCAGGCUUAUUUUGGUGGUGGAAAUCAUUCUAGUGUUAUAACUUUUCUACAAUUCAUUUAAUAAUAUUUGAGUGUCAGACCUGCCUGUCCUUUACAUUUGCCAUUUGUAGUGUCUCACAAGCGGCAUUUGAAUGGCCAUUGAUAUCCUAAGGCAGCUGUGUUCCACUAAAAGUAAAGCAGCUGGGCAUGCACCACACUGCCACACCAGGAAUUUCUGGGCUUGGCCUCAGGCUCCCCAAGCCAGCAUGGAGGCAGUGUGGCUGGCUCCAAGGAAGAGAGCUAGGUUUGCAUCCUUCUGCAGUGACCUCACUGGAGGAGAGUCCUGUGGAAACACCUUGUGUAAAGGGAGGGACUGAGGAGGUUACUGCACGAGCCCAAGGCCAGAACUUCAGGGCCUGACAAAAUAGUUCACUUUUAAGAGAGAGUAUGAGUCUCUAGACAAGGCAUAGAGCCUUGGGGCAGUUACGUGGAGCUGGGGAAUACCCUAUAAAGGGAAGGCUGGCAAAAAAUAGACAAUGCUAUACAGAAGCAGUUGUCUUAGCCUUUGCCGGUCAAAUGAAAAGGUCUUUGCAGACCAGCAGGCUGUAAAUAACACAUUAGGCAGCCAUGAUGGCAUUAUUGAUCUUUUAUUAACUAAGACCUAACCUUAUUGGCACUGUUCAUUGCUGGCCUUACCGGGUCUCAUGCUCUGGAUAGUACAGAUAACUGUAAUGUUCACCGCAUCCCAUGCGGGAGGGCAUUUACUGUACAGGCAGAUCCAUCGCUCUCACACACACUCUGGAAUGAGUUUGUUU